AUGCUUGACAGUCGGGAACAAACGCUCCUGAUCCCUGGUCCUUCUAAAGAUGUCGAGCUUAAAUUGCCGCAACUUUCAAAGAAGGACCAAGCGAAAAUGCUUGGUUUCAUACACGCAAGCUUUUCUCAUGGCGAUGUGGUCAUUUUCGUUCCUGUGCCCGGCAACAGGCACUCUGUUGUGACCAAUCACGGUAACACAACGGCCUCUCGCACUGAAUCGUGGGCAGAUCGGCAACUCUUAACUUCUUUUCCUUUGGAUUCCGAUCUUCCAAGUGCUAUCUCUCCACUACCACAGUUGACUGAUCGCCAGAAGGCCUCUCGUCUUCUCUCCAAGUCGGUCUUGGGCCUUGCCCUACCAGGGAUACCUUCACUAUCAUCAUCUCGUCCUCACAUCACCGACACAAUCCCCACCAUAAAACCGGCCACAGGGGAACGACCUCAGGCCGUUACGUCUAGUCCCAGCAAAACUAGUGAGAGCAAUGAUUUUUUAAGGCUAUUUUAG